GGGGGAGGGGUUAGGGUUAUUCAGUGUGACAUAUGUUUUGUUUUCUAUCCAUAAUAAAAUGGGACAGUUAAGCUAACAAGGAUACUCUCGAAAAGCUUCUCAGUGACCUUGCUCCAGCCUCCUAGAAGACACAUCGCCAUGGGGAAUACAAGCAGCGAGAGGGCGGCCAUGGGCCAUGGGGAGAAGCGGAGGGACAGCCGGGGAAACAAGGAGGGAGGCGGGCCAAAGAUCCUGAUGGACAGCCCGGAAGACGCAGAUAUUUUUCAUGGUGAAGAUAUGAAAGCUCCGUUAGAGAAAGAGGAGUUCCUCGCAUGGCAGCAAGACUUAGAAGCAGAUGACAAAGGGCCAACUUUAGACCGACCGACAGUGUUUCGCUGGACCGGAGACGGCAGGGAGGUGUACAUCUCUGGAUCCUUCAACAACUGGGCCAACAAGAUUCCCCUCAUCAGAAGUCAGAACACCUUUGUGACUAUUGUUGAUCUACCUGAAGGGGAGCAUCAGUACAAGUUUUAUGUGGAUGGCCAGUGGACCCACGACCCGACCGAGCCUGUUGUAACCAGUCAGCUUGGGACAGUGAACAACCUCAUCCAGGUGAAGAAAACAGACUUUGAGGUGUUCGAAGCUCUAAUGGUGGACUCGCAGAAAUGCUCCGACAUGUCAGACCUCUCCAGCUCUCCUCCCGGGCCCUACCAUCAGGACGCGUAUGUUCCUAAACAGGAAGAGAAGUUUAAGUCUCCACCCAUACUCCCCCCCCACCUGCUGCAGGUCAUCCUCAACAAAGACACUGGCAUUUCUUGUGACCCUGCAUUGCUCCCAGAACCCAACCAUGUCAUGCUGAAUCACCUCUACGCUCUCUCCAUUAAGGAUGGAGUGAUGGUGCUCAGUGCGACACAUCGCUACAAGAAGAAAUACGUCACCACCUUAUUAUACAAGCCCAUCUGACCGCGCUUCAAAUCCUUUUAACGAGUGUAACAAAAUAUUAGCUCCGUAACAUAGAGAGCAGGGAAAUCCAGGACUUAUCACCUGGAUGAGAAUCUCACAUUUAGCUAAUAAGAGGCUAACAGCUCUGAGAUGAUAUUUUGUACACUCAGUUAUUGUACACUCCAAUCCUACAUAAUCUGCCUAUAUUUGUUCACUGAAAACCUUCUCUAGGUUUCUUUUCUGCUAUAAGACAUUUAGAGGCAGGUUGUUUGUGGUAAAGAGACAGACAUGACACGAGGAGGAGUGGUAAUGGUUCGAAAAUGUGACUGAAAGUCCUCAAUUACACGAGGUCGCUGUAGCGUUUCCCAUGAUUGAGACGACAAAGGUACAAUCAAGAAUGUGAAUGUCGAGGUCAAAGAAGAAUUCAAUGCACUGCAGCAGUUCUCCACUGUUUAUCAUAGCGUUUUGUUCAGUGUUAAUCAUAAAGCACACAGUAGAUAUUUUAUAUCAUUUGUGAAGUUUUUUUUGAUGAUGUGGUUUGUUUUUGACUUGCGGUGGUAAGUUAGUUUUAGACCAACACUUUUUUAAUUUGUUGAGAACAUUUGGUCUAAUGUUUAUUAGCUUUCCACUACAACAAGGUUCAUUUCUAAUGUAGAAUAUGCAUACAGUGUAUGUACACUUGCAGGACGACGAUGUAUCAGGAGAAGAAUGCCAACCCUUUUUAAUUUAUUUAGUGGUCUUUACACUAAAAAACAUCAUUUUCAUUCAUUUUUUAAAAGUGCAUUCCAGAAAUCAAUUGUCAGCUUUAAAUCUGUCUCAGAAUGUGAUGAAACAGACAUAUAAAAGAGGGAAAAAAAGAUAUAUUAUUAGAAAUAGUAGAAAAAAGACUUGAUGAAGGGACCAGUAUUGGAUCUUGUGACAAACCGUUAGUGAAGUUAAUAAUGCAUUUUUUAUAGUUAACAUGUUUGUACUGUUCAUGUAUUCCAUGAAGUUUGAAGGUCCUGAAUGUGUUUUAAGUUUAAGAUAGGAUUUGUAGCAUCUAUUUACAUCCAUGUAUCAUAAGCUACAGGCCAGUAGAGACUGACAAUCUCCUUUGUUUGUUACUUCUGCUUUUGUUUGAGAUCUAACAUGGUGAUCAUUUAUUAAUUUCAAAUGCUAGGUUUUGAAAUAAUUUCAUAUCAUUUAAAAAAAGUGUUGCUUACCCUUUGAACCAAGCUGAUGUGUACACUUUUGUAUUAAAGAUUCCGUUACAAAUUCA